UCCUUCCCGUUCACCCCUACCCGCGGACGCACUUUGGCAAGCGGCCGCAGGCUCCGGCCCGGCUCCGCGCAUGUGACCACGGCCGCCGCACAGCCCCGCUUUGGGCGGCCCCACUCCGCCCUCGCCCGCCCUCGCCCUCAUACGACCCGGUCCCGCGGCUGGGCGCGGCGGUAGCGAGCAAGGUCGGCAGGUGAACGCUGCGUGCGGCCCGCGGCACUGGCAGCGCGUCUGCCGCCUACUGCCGCACCAGCGGUUCGUCCUCCGCGUCUCAGCCCACGCCGCAGCCCCGGCCGCCUGUGCCCGCGUGCCCGCGGCUCGACGGGAGCUUGGUAGUACCGUCGAGACGACAGAGUGAAGAGUUGUCAGGACACUGAAGGAGACCGAGGCAAAAAAAGGGCCAUGGCGGGUCAGGAGCUGCCUUAUGUGCUCAUUGACUGUAUAGGAGGGCAGCGUGGAGUAUUUGAAGACCAUGUUGAACUUCUGGAGAAACAUUUUCAUCUCAUCACCAUGAAAGAAUAUCUUGAAAACAAGAAAUUUCUCAGUGAAAAGAUCACAGCUAUUUAUAUUUGGUAUCACAAACCAGUUAUUAAUGAAGAGCUGCUCCAAAGCUUGCCUAACUUGAAGAUAAUUGCAAGCUCUGGAGUGGGAAUAGAUCACUUGGACCUGCACCUCCUGUCCAGAUAUGGUGUGAAGGUGGCCAACACUCCGUUUGCUGUUUCCACUGCCACUGCAGACUUUGCGAUAGCUUUGAUGCUGGCAUCUUCCAGGAGACUUGUGGAAGGCUAUCAGAUGGCAGUCUCCCCCAACACAGAGUAUUUCCCUGCGAACUGGCUGGGGGAUGAGGUUUCUGGGGCGACCCUGGGGAUUGUGGGGAUGGGAGCCAUUGGCUACAAAGUGGCCCAGAGAGCCAAAGCCUUUGAGAUGAAGAUUUUGUACCACAACAGGAACCGAAGAAACAAGGAAGAAGAAAGUGCUGUUGGAGCUGUUUACUGUAAGAAGAUAGAUGAUUUGCUCCAGCAGUCAGAUUUUGUGUUGCUGUCUGUGACCCUGACUCCACAGACACACAAGCUGAUAGGGAAGAGGGAGCUGGAGCUGAUGAAACCCACAGCUACCCUCAUAAAUAUCAGCAGAGGUGUGGUUGUGGAUCAGGAUGCUUUGGUGGAAGCCCUUCAAAACAAAGUUAUUAAGGCAGCCGCUCUGGAUGUGACAUAUCCUGAACCUUUGCCAAGGGAUCACCCCUUGUUAAAGCUGAAGAAUGUUAUAAUAACUCCUCACAUUGGAAGUGCCACCAAAAAGACACGCAGCGUAAUGGUGGAAAACAUGACAGAAAGCAUACAAGCAGGUCUUGCAGGUCUUCCUAUCCCUAAUGAAGUAUUACUGUAAAGCGGCCUGCAUUUAAUGUUAAUGUCAUUAGUGUUUGUCCUGGUGUGAGGAAACAGUAAUUUGAUCACUCUUCAUGUAAUUAUCCCACGUGUAUAUAUACAGAUAAAAUGUAUAAUUGUCCUGGUUUCA